AUGCAAAGUUUAAGAGACUUCGGAGACAGACGUUCGGGUGGCUGUACGAGAAUGCAGGGGCUAAGCUCUAGAGCCCAUGCUUUUUCAGUGGAAGCUUUGGUUGGGAAAAGCUGCAAAAGGAUAAAAGUGGAAAACUUGAUGGCUGAGAAGUUGCAUCUGAUCUCUACAAAUGACAGAGAUUCGGAUACAUCGACGGGAACUCUUGUCAGCGAAGAAGAGGAUCACGAAUAUCAAAACGAGAAGACGCAUGAAACUUGCGCGACUUCGGGGAAGCCCACAGAAAACAUACCUGGUCCUGACACAGACAUCCGAGUGGAACUCCAAGGGUCCGACCUGUGGAACAGAUUUCACGAGAUUGGCACAGAGAUGAUCAUUACCAAAGCUGGGAGGAGAAUGUUUCCAUCUAUCAGAGUGAAAGUGCGGAACCUGGACCCGUUUAAACAGUAUUACAUCGCCAUGGACAUUACGCCUGUGGAUUCAAAGAGAUACAGAUACGUGUACCACAGUUCUCAGUGGAUGGUAGCUGGAAACACAGACCACUCCUGUAUCAGUCCCCGGCUUUACGUUCACCCGGAUUCACCUUGUUCUGGGGAGACAUGGAUGCGCCAAAUAAUCAGCUUUGAUCGCGUGAAAUUAACUAACAACGAGAUGGACGACAAAGGCCAUAUAAUACUUCAGUCCAUGCAUAAGUACAUGCCGCGCGUGCAUGUCAUCCUGCACGGUCCCCCGGUGGACCUGUCGCAGAUCGCAUCGCCUCCUGCGGAAGGCGUGCACACCUUCUCGUUCCCUGAGACUCAGUUCACAACUGUAACAGCCUACCAAAACCAACAGAUAACAAAAUUGAAGAUUGACCGAAAUCCUUUUGCCAAGGGCUUUAGAGAUCCAGGAAGAAACAGGGGGGUACUGGAUGGCAUCUUGGAAUCUUACCCCUGGCGAAGCCCCUAUGGUCUUGAUUUGAAGCCAUUCACCUUGGAUCUUCAAGGCGGAAGGUCUGGAUGUUCAGCAAACUUCAACACCAUCUCCCCUCUGAAAAGCCUCCUGCCCCACACCAACUCCACAUCCUCUAGUCCCUUAACUCUGUCCACCCAUGACAGUGCCCUCCACAACCUUACUAUCCCAAUGUGCUACAGAGUGGCUACAUCGAACCACCCCUAUGCAGCCAGAUCUUACUGCAGCCUUGGACCAGACAGGCUCAGAAGUUACCCAGGGUUGCGACCCUUGUCAGAUUGUCCUCUGCUGUGUCCUCUCCAUGGGAAAAAGGCAGGCAGCUGCAGGGGACAAUGCCUCCAGGGCCCAGCAGCCAUGGGCCCCUGCCUGCUCUCUCUUCAGAACCUUCAGUCCAGCCGGGCCUCUGGAGUUCACCAGGGCCAGCAGAGUACUGUGGGGUCUUCCUUCACUCCAUCAUAUGGUCUGUACAGCUACAGUUUUCCUGUCAGCCCACACUUCUCUACUGUCAGAAGUACCACAAAACCAAUCAACAGCAUGACCCUGUCACCCUCUGAGAGCUUUCUUUGCCAAACAGCCUGGCAUUCUUCCAUGAACCACUGCCUCUGA